AUGAAGAUAUCUAAAAAGUUUAAGAUUACUAAAAUAGCAAACUCUUAUGAUCCUCACAAACUCCCAAUCUUUCUUCCUGUACUUCUUGUAGAAGCUUCUCAAUCAUGCAUUCUAGUAAAUGAGAAUGACCAGGUUGUUGGUCAUGUAAGUAAAAUGAACUGUCACUUGAUGGAAAAUAUUGAAAAGGAAAAUUUGCUACACAGGGCUUUCAGUGUGUUUUUGUUCAACUCGAAAUACGAGUUGCUUCUUCAGCAACGUUCUGUAACAAAGGUAACGUUUUCCCUUGUGUGGACAAACACCUGUUGCAGCCAUCUACUCUACCGUGAAUCUGAGCUUGUCGCUGAGGAGGCCCUUGCUAAUAUAUUUCUGCAGACAAGGAAUGCCGCACAGAGGAAGUUGUUAGAUGAACUGGGUAUUCCUACUGAAGAUGUGCCAGUUGAUCAAUUUACCCCACUAGGCAGGAUGCUGUACAAAGCUCUUUCUGAUGGCAAAUAUGGGGAGCACGAACUUGACUACCUGCUCUUCAUUGUCCGGGAUGUUAGUGUCAAGCCAAACCCAGAUGAAGUAGAUGAUAUCAAGUACGUCAACUGGGAUGAGUUGAAAGAGUUGUUGAGGAAAGCAGAUGCUGGGGAGGGAGGCUUGAAGUUGUCCCCUUGGUUCAGAUUGGUUGUGGAUAAUUUCUUGUUCAAGUGGUGGGGCCAUGUUGAGAAAGGCACACUUAAGGAGGUUGCUGAUAUGAAAACCAUUCACAAGUUGACUUAAUAGCCUUAGUAGUCAUUUAGUGGAGCAAUUUCGU